AUGUCCAAGCCGGUGGACCACGUCAAGCGGCCCAUGAACGCCUUCAUGGUGUGGUCGCGGGCUCAGCGGCGCAAGAUGGCCCAGGAGAACCCCAAGAUGCACAACUCGGAGAUCAGCAAGCGCCUGGGCGCCGAGUGGAAGCUGCUGAGCGAGGCGGAGAAGCGGCCGUUCAUCGACGAGGCGAAGCGGCUGCGCGCCAUGCACAUGAAGGAGCACCCCGACUACAAGUACCGGCCGCGGCGCAAGCCCAAGACGCUGCUCAAGAAGGACAAGUUCGCCUUCCCGGUGCCCUACGGCCUGGGCGGCGUGGCCGACGCCGAGCACCCGGCGCUCAAGGCGGGCGCCGGGCUGCACGCGGGUGCGGGCGGCGGCCUGGUGCCGGAGUCGCUGCUGGCCAACCCGGAGAAGGCGGCCGCCGCCGCCGCUGCCGCCGCCGCGCGCGUCUUCUUCCCGCAGUCGGCCGCGGCCGCCGCCGCCGCCGCCGCCGCCGCUGCCGCCGGCAGCCCCUACUCGCUGCUCGACCUGGGCUCCAAGAUGGCAGAGAUCUCGUCGUCGUCGUCCGGACUCCCGUACGCGUCGUCGCUGGGCUACCCGACCGCGGGCGCGGGCGCCUUCCACGGCGCGGCGGCGGCGGCUGCAGCGGCGGCGGCGGCCGCCGGGGGGCACACGCACUCGCACCCCAGCCCGGGCAACCCGGGCUACAUGAUCCCGUGCAACUGCAGCGCCUGGCCCAGCCCCGGGCUGCAGCCUCCGCUCGCCUACAUCCUGCUGCCGGGCAUGGGCAAGCCGCAGCUGGACCCCUACCCCGCGGCCUACGCCGCCGCGCUAUGA